AUGGAAAAUGGACGUAUUUUGUACUCGAGUGUGGAAACAUGCUUUUUACAUAUGCGUUUUCCUGAAGUAGUCGUGACAGCGUUGGUUGAUGCUAUUCUUGAUAGUGGUGCAAUCACUGUCAACAUUAAUAUAUUUAGUGACAAACUCGGAAAAGUAAUGGUUAAAAAAAUAUUUUCGCAAAACUACGCAAUGCUUGAAUCCGGUUUUGAUAUCGAUUGGGGCAAGCUGCCAACGCUUUCAAUUACAAUGUUUGCUCAAACCCCCGUAACUGAUGCCAAUUGCAAUUCCGUUGUAACAAUCAAGUUGGGUCCCAAAGACUAUAUACAGAGAGUUGACUCCAAACAUGUUGUGUUUAUUGUAGCAGCUGGUUCAAAUGAUUAUGCAAUUCUUGGUAUUCCAUUUAUGACCCAACUUGGAUUGACAUUUGAUCGAGCACAUACACGCAUUGGGUUUGGUCCUGGAUGUGGAUGUGAAACUGCAAGUAACAGGUAUCCUACUAUUUCAAACGGUGAUCAAGUGCUCUGGCCAUUACCACGUGUUAGAUUGCCUGAACAACCAACUACUUCAAGUUCAAGUGGCACAUUUAUUCGCAAAAGGAAACCAUAA